AGCCGCCGCCGGUUUGUAGUCUGUCGCCGCCGACGCUACAUUCAUACUUUCGUCAACGCGAUCGCCUUUGUUUACUCCCCCACGCGCGCCCAAUCUUAACAGCUGUUCCGAGUGUCUCUUUCAGCUCUGAGUGAAUUGUGUGCCCACAUUCCCGUGUUCAGUGUUAAAGUGCUUUGUGAGUUCAUGGAUAUCCCCGGAUAUUAUUAGAGUUGACUGUGCGAAGCUCGCGGAAAGACGCGGGCGGCCCAGCCAUGGCCGCCACAGCUCGCCGCGAGAUAGACACCGGUGAAGAAGACAUUGCAGCGAUUGCAAAACAGAUAUCGGAUCAUGCGGAAGCUAUUUAUCAAACAUGGAAAGCGCGCGGCCUUGCUCCUACUGAAAUUUUGUCAUGUAGGCCCACGCCCGGCCUAAAACUGGCAGACAGUUUGCGUACAAAGCCGAAACCAGAACCGAAGCCUGAAAUAAAACAACGACCCGAAUUCUGCAGAGACCGCCCAGAAAUAAGAGAGCAGAGGCCCGAUAUUCGGCGAGAACAGAGACCGGAACUGAGACGAGAACAUUUAGAAACUGCGGGAGAAACUAUGGAAAUGAAUCUUCCUCCAGACUUGGUACCUGAACGCAAUGGCACAGGGACUGUGGCUAACGUGAGGCGAGGAGAUUCUGCAGCAAUGCGACUUGAAGUAGCACGUGAAGAGGAACGUCUCCUUAGGGCGUUAAGAACCGGUGGAGUUGUUGCAGAACGCCCAUCAGAGCGUCCUGAUGUAGUUCCACCAAUAUCUUUAGUAGAUUAUGCUAAAAGUCGCUACCAGGAUCGUCUCGAUACCGGUGCACGGAAACCAUCAGCGGGGGCUAGUGGUGAGAGACGGGCUUCUCUUGGUUCACAUGUAACCGAAGCGAGGUCAAAAUUUGAAGCUCGGGCUAGAAGGGCUUCUAGUGCAGGUGCAGCAGAGACUGCAUCUGCGACAGGACAGACACCUGUCAGACCAUUCCUCACCAGAGGAUCCGUAGCAGAACGCGUACUUAUGUUCGAACGUUGUCCCAGUGAAGCUACUUUAGAACUAGCCAAAAGAAAAUCUCCUGCCGCUACCACAUGGCGAGGACCUCACGACGUCAUCAAUAGAGCACAGAACUACACUGCAUCAACACCUUCAAAGCCGUCAUCAGCACCACCUCACACGACCCUCCAGCGGUCGGUCCGCGCGGCGGGACCGUCCAGGGUCAUACCGCGCUUCUACUUCCCCAAGGGACGGCCCCCGCCGGCCCACCAGCAGGACCAUGCGCUGCACAAGGUCCAAUCCGCCUUCGCUACAUUUCCAAAUAGUCAGGUUCCUCGUGAAAGUUUCAAGCACAUAGUAAAGGCAUGCGAAUGUCCUCUGUACUGGAAAAUGCCUAUGUUCCUAGCGACACAGCAAAACCUCCACGCGCCGGUUGACGGACACAAGUUUAUAGACUUUUGGAGAGAAAUGUCGACACAAUGCCACGACCAAGCUUCCAGAUUUGUGUACAUAUUAACGAGAGGGAAGAGUAACACAUUAGCGCCGGAGGACUUCGUGCCUCUUGUCCAGGAUGUCGUUGACACGCACCCUGGACUGUCCUUCUUGAAGGAGGCCACGGAAUUCCACUCGAGAUACGUCCAUACUGUGAUUGCUAGGAUAUUCUAUUGUGUGAACCGCUCGUGGUCAGGUCGGAUAUCCAUUCCGGAGUUGAGGAGAUCAAAUUUUUUGCAAGUCAUCCAGCUUCUUGAAGAUGAGGAGGACAUCAAUCAAGUGACACAAUACUUUAGUUAUGAACAUUUCUACGUAAUUUACUGCAAAUUCUGGGAAUUAGAUAAGGAUCACGAUUUAUUCAUUGAUAGACACGACCUUGCGAGGCACAAUGACCACGCGCUCUCAAGCCGUAUGAUAGAGCGAGUGCUAUCGGGCUGCGUGACGCGCGGCAACCAGAACCGCGUGACGGCGGGCGGCGAACCGCGCAUGUCGUACACCGAGUUCGUGUGGUUCCUGCUCGCGGAGGAGGACAAGAGCCAUCCCACUGCUAUCGAAUAUUGGUUCAGGUGUAUGGAUUUGGAUGGCGACGGCUACAUAUCGAUGUACGAGCUGGAGUACUUCUAUGAGGAACAAAUGCAGAGGAUGGAAGCGAUUGGAAUCGAAACGUUACCAUUCAACGAUUGUCUUUGUCAGAUGUUAGACAUGGUGCAUCCAGCAGAGCACGGCAAAAUCACGUUAACCGACUUGAAAAAAUGCAAGUUGACGCCGAUAUUCUACGACACGUUCUUCAACCUGGAGAAGUAUCUCGACCACGAGCAGCGCGACCCCUUCGCGACGCAGCGGGACUCCGAUUGCGAGAUGUCGGAAUGGGAUCGAUUCGCGGCUGAAGAAUACGAACUGUUGGUCGCUGAAGAAGGAGGCAGCGACGCGCAAGACCAAAUCUCAUACGAUGAAACAGACGACGAUUGCUUAUCACCAAACAUUGAUGACGUCACUAACACCGACGUCAUUGAGGACUCCAGCGUGGAAGAUUCCACUUUUAGCGACAGUAUAUCCAAUGUUCGUACCAAAGAUGUCCCAGGAAAUGUUCCCGCUAUCUCACGAACACCGAACCAGCCAGCUGGUUUCGUGAACCUCAGCACCAUAUACGCGUUGGGCAGUACGGACAGAUGGGCGAACAAAACUAACGUGCAAGAACGAAAAGGAGAGAAACCAAUCCCACCAGAAAAACCAGUUAGUUUAAUGAUGAUGAACGGCAAGAUGGAAAAUCGAUUUAACGUCGGGAAUAAUAGUUUUUUAUAUUCACAAUUACUGAAUCCUGGAGGAGCAAGAGCGAAGGAUCCACCUUCAUACACGGCAGCGACGAGCGGAGUUCUGGAUAAAACUGGCGAAAAGAAGGUUUUAUCCCCGAACAAAACUGUAAAAUCCCCAACCAGUCCUGUGAACGGCGUCAGUAAAAUCUCGGAUAAUUACGAAAGAGCCGUCGCAGAACGUUUAAGCCCACAAAGAGAAAACUCCAGACUGAAUCGUAGCAGUGUGUUCAGUAAAGUUAAUACUGGAAUUGUAUCCGGUAAAAUUAAAAAGAGCGCUCGAAACGUUGACGAAGAAGAUGAUGACUACGCGCGGGAUAGUGACGAGUGCUCCAUAUAGACCUUGCUUUCAAGGUGUGUUAUACAAUGACUGAUUCGUGUUAGUGAACCAAAGACCGUAGAACAGUUAAAUAUCGACAUACCAUAGACAAAUAAAUAUUUUUUCAACGUAUCCACGAUACGUGCCUUGUAGAAAUGACACGUUCGGACAAUUUUAGCGGUAGAAAUCGAUUAGUUUAGGUGUAUUGCAAUAGAAACGGUGUGUUUUAACAUCGCUUGAACCGAUAGGAGUAACGUAUCGGAAGUAUUAUGUUAACCGUUACCGGUAUACGUGUUGAAAUGUGUGUUAUAUGUAUUUAAAUGUCGUCGGAGAAGAAUGAAAUAUCUAAGAAGGGAACCACGCUUUUGCAUAAUAGUUCACAGAUUAGUUGCUAGGCUCAUUUUACAAAACAAAAUUCGUUGAAAUUUAUUAUAAAAUACAAAAUUCAAUCAAAAUUAAUUACCUAACGUUGGCCUCUAUAUUCCGUCUUUAAUAAUUAUUCAUAUCACGCUCCAUCCACAAUAUAGAGAUAUUUUGAAUAUCAUUAGCAUAGCUUUCACCAUCAAUGGCUUUGAGCAUCGAGAUGAACACCGUGAAUAAACACGCACAGAUAAGUAAAAUACAUAGAUUAAGUGAAAAUAUUUUUAUAUUUAAACUAAUUUUUCCGCGAGAACAUUAACUAACUAGUAGAAAAUUAAGCCUGGUAGCAAAUAUUCAUCCAGUUAAACCCUUUUAUUUGUAAGUCAAAACUUAUUAUUUUUCGACGGAUAGAAUAGGUAGUUACCUACUCGUUGUUUAAUUUUAAGAGUAAAAUAAUCAAGUACGAAUUUUUACCAGUUACAAUAUAGUGAGGAUCAUUGUACGCGUGACGUUUUCCCUUUUCACCUUCAGCAGUUGAAUGACUUUGACCUUUUCGCUUAGGAUAGAUCAGGCAGCUGUAAAUACGCUUGUAGAUAAUGCUAGGUAGAUUUUACAUUUUUUUCUCUAGUCUACAGGGUGCUCAUCGAUCUAAUUAUCAAACUACCAAUAAAAAACACGCGUUUACUAUGGAAACGUACCGUUUGAAUAAAAACAGGCUAACCGUUAUUAUAGGUGGUUAUAGCCAAGUUUUUGGAAUCCUCAAUUAUACCUACGUAUACCUACCUACUUAUGGUUUAAAUGUGCAUACAUCAGAAUUAUGUUUUUGUUUUUAAAAAACAGCAGAAAGUUAUUUUUAGCUUUCUAUUAUGCAUACACAACCGGAUUCGCCUAUUUUUUAAUGAUUAAAACCUAUUCACAAAUCUGUUAAUAGGUUUUAAAUUUGGCUUCUAAUUGUAAAGCCAAAGAAUUGAUUGUGGUCCAUGAACAACAAAAUUUAUUAGCUAAUAAUAAAAUUUUUCUGAUGUUUGUAACAAUUAAGUUUGUCCAUUGAAUUUUCACUUUAUUGACCGACUUCAAAGAAUAGGAGGAGGUUAUUUGACUCGUGUUUGCGUGAAAUUUUCAUGUCGUAUUUUCGUUAUUAUUAAAAUUGUUAAUUGUUUACCCUCAGGGGCAUAUAUAUAGGAAAAUAUUACGGUACGCGGAUGUACCUAUGUUGUUAUUGAAUUUUUGUCAUGAUUGAAGAUAAAAUUUAAAUUGAGAUCGAACAUUGAUCAACUGAAAAAUAUUAGUGACUACUGACUAGUCAUUCAGAACGACAAUGUUAUCUGUUGGUACUGCAAAAAUAAUGAUUAUUAUUAUUUUUUAUACGUAUGCGUACGCGAUAUGCGUAUUUUCCAAAUUGAGAAACAUUAUAUCGAUUAGAUAUACAUUAUAUAAUAAAAUAAUGAUUUAUAGAUAAAUUUACAUACGAUGUUUACAUACAGUUGUACCUAUAUGUAGAAAUAUUUUUUUCUGUAUAGAAGGAUAAAAUAAUCAAUAAUACAAUAUAAUACGUAUGUAGUACUGUAUGCAGAGUUUUUGAGCUCUAAAUUUACCUGCAAAAUUAAACACUAAUUACCAAAUAUUUAUAAGAAGGGGAUCAUUAUUAUGUUAAGUACAUUCCAUGCUUAUAAUAAUAAUUGAAAAAAAUACAGCCGGCAUAAUGUUAUUUUUGCAGUGCUAUUUAUUAACUUCUUCAUCACUCUUGUGAAGUAAUUAAUAUUGUUCUCAAUACUGAUUACAACUUACCAAGUAUUAACCAAAACGAUUGUUCACAAUUUAAUAAAUUUUAUUAAUAUGUUGUGUAUUAUUCUUAAAUUAAUUUUAUUUAUAAGAUAUGUUUUUAUAUAAGGACAUAAACGUUUUGACUUAGUAAAAUGCGUUUGAGGAUUAUCUAGUUGUAUGGUUGUAUACUCAGAUUAUACUUAUAUGUUUGAUCUGGGAUUGUAUAUUUUUUAAAUAGAGUUGGGCCGAUGACAAUGUGUUAGUACCUACAUGUUAAAAGGCCGUUGACUUUUAGUUUGUAGUUGCGUGUGUGUUAUUUAAUCGGUUAUAAUUAAAAUUGGUAGGUACUAGCUAUAUUAUACACUAUAUCUUCCAUUUAUUAACCCCAAGCGAUUGUCAAUAAUAGUGCCAUGAUUAACGUUUUGAUAAAAUAAAAUAGGUAUUCGAGACAUUUCUAUUUGAAAUCUGCUCCUAAAUACUUAUAAAAUAUGUUGCAUUUUCAGGUUUUUUUUAAGGUAUACUAUGAAUAUUGAAUACUGUAUUGUCGUCAUUUUCAAAAUAAUCAAUCACAAGUGUUUCAUAACAUUAAUUACCUAAGUAAAACGUUCAUUACCUAUAAGUUUUUGUCAUAAUUAUUGAGAUAAAUGAUUUGAUUUUGUAUGAUAGACACUUUAAUUUUUGUAUUGACAACACCUACCUACCUAGAUAAUAUUAUUUUUUGUAGGUUGUGUAAUACGCAUGAUUUAAUAUUAUUUUGAAAGAUUCCCGCGUUUUACAUCGUAGUUUGUGUACGGACAAUUCUUAAAUUAAGAUGAAAUUAAUUUUUUGAGCAUAAUACUAAUAAGAAGUGAACUGUAUGAUGUAAUGUAAAAUAUUAUAGUUUACUUAAAUAACCCAUUAAUUAAUACUUAAUGUUGGUCUUAAAAUUUGCAAUAAUUAUGAAAUGUAACUUUUGUUCACGUUAAAUUCAAAUUAUCGAUAAUACUUAAUUUAAACAAAAAUCUCAGAUUUUUUACGAAACACUAGAAGUGAUGUAGUUUUAUGUGUUAACAUUAUUAUGUAUUAUGGAAUGACAGAACUUAUAUGAUAAUUCAGUUAAGUAUCCUAAUAAAGUACAUAACUGUAA